GGAAGCUACGGAGUACAUCUGAUAUGGCAAUAGUAUCUACUUGUGUGCUUGCCUUGAUAACAUAUGGACACAAAGUCAGCACAAGCAUCGAGACAACCUCUGGAUCUGCUCCCGUCGGCGCGGCAGCGGAUGCCAACCCAAUUUCUGACAUCAACACCACCUCGCAGUCUUGAACCGACCCUCACUCAUCCUCGCUUCCCAAACAUGACGAAACCACACGUAUUGGUCGACCAUGAUCCGGUCGAAUCAACUCUCGUCUUCACGGACAGCUUACUCAAAGAUGUGAUUCUCUUAUCAAUGUUGAUGACACAGCCAGCAAGUAGGCAAACAAGUACCCGAAUCACCGGCGAUGUUACACUUCAUCUUCUCUACUUCACACCGCAGCGCAUCGCAUCGCAAACCAGAAUAACACCGUUGCUUCUACCCAAGGCAGUCAGCUGGCUUUGCGCAACUCAAUCGAAACAUGACCAUCCCCCGUCGCUCUCGUUCCCAUGGCUGCGGGCGCCCCUGCGCUACCCUAGUCGCUUCCGGUAUCAACCCAGCAGCUCUUCGUCCAAACCCCGCUUGUACGGUGUGACGCCGUCCACGGCACUGCUAACUUGGCUCCCGGAGUCAUCCUCCCAGUCGCUCGUCUUGGACAAUCCUACAAUCCUCACCAAUGCCAGGGCAUCGCUAGCCCAAAAUCGUUCCUAGCUUUUCACCUCGACCUUGGCUCAACCCUGACUCCCAAAGGUCAAGACUCACCAACACCGCACCCUACUUGACCGC